GAAGACCAAAAGGAACAAUCAAUGAUAUGAAAAGAGUGCAAUAGAGAGGAACGAGGAACUACGAAAACAACAGAAUAUGGGCAGUCAGUGAUGGUCUCUCUUUCCUUGUCUAGAGUCACCGGCAUGGCAAUUCCCUCGUUCACUCCUCAUCACUCGCUUCACCAUAUUCACUGCCAUUUUGAUUCUCCAUAACACCAUCGCCCACUAAAAUAUAUAUAAAGAUGGUUUCCCCCUCGUCCGCCUUAUCCGCUCAUAGGCGCGCUCUAGACGAGAGAGAUCGAGCCGUCUGGGGUAAGCGGUUUGAUUCGAAACCAGUCCGCCCAGCUACCGCCGAAUUGGACAUCGAAUACAAUGAACUCAUACUCUCCUGGAAGGCGUUUCAGGACAAUCUCGCCGCGCCCCACGACCAGACCGACUUCUUCCCGCACCCUCAAAAUCCCCGCGAUGUUAUUGCCCGUGUCCGGAGCAUCCAGUCUGCUUGGAUUGCCAGUCCCCAGAAACACUUCUUCAGUACCGCCAUGAAGCUCUGUGAUCGGUUCCUGGUCACCAUGGACUCUCAUUCUGCCCUGCUCACCAUCCUCCCGGAUCACGAAUGCUAUGCGUCUCUCUUUUACGGUGUUUUACAAUCGGUCUUCAAGGCAUCUGCAAACUAUCCCAAGAUCAUCGACGGUCUGUUGAAAGCCCUGGUCAAGGUCAACGAAUCCAUCUGUUUGCCCGGAAAGAACCCCUCCGAUGCCGUCGAAAAUAUGACAUCCCGAGUCGUCCGAUUUUACUCUCUCGUUUUCUUCCUCUUGGCCGAGUUUAUGGACUGGUAUGUGCGACGGGCCAAGUGUCGUUUGCUGAAAAGCCCCAAUCACGAGCCCUACGCCCAUCUCGAAAAUCUCGUCUGUACUGUUCGCUCCCGAGGACUCGAUAUCAUGCGUGAAUUCACCGACGGAUUGAACUUGGAGGACCGUGGAUGUGCAAAGAAACGUCGAACCAUGCAAGCUAAUGCUUCGUAUCUAUGGGAAGAAGCUCGCAUCCGCCAGGUGGGCCUGCAGGGGAAGGACCGUCACGUCGCCGCUCAGAACACCAUCAUUCGUCAUUUGAUUUGGGAUUUGCAGGACGAUGACGCUCAACGGAGCCGCAUGAGAGAGGAUCGAGAGUUUCUCCUGUGCAAAUGGCUCGGUACGGCCAAUGGUCAGUUGCAUCCAGUCGGUGAACAGAAAAGUGGCAUUGCUUGUUUGACCACUACUCCUUCACAAGACCUAGCUACAUCUCGAUUCGAUUGGUCCUACGGUUCCCGGCGCAAAUACACUCGAGUCGAAUUUCAAUACGCAUCCGCACAUUUGCAGAAUCACUUUGACAAUGACGACCAGAUAGUCCACUUCGAACCUGAUGUCGAAGUCGUGACAGAAGCCAACGUCUUGUCCUCCUUGAGUCAGUGGGGUACGGGCUCCAAUUCGCAAGUGCUGGCCGUAGGAGGCUCCCCGACUACCGCCUUUCCCAGUCCUGUCGCUUUGAUUUCCGCUUGCUACGCCUUUUAUGCCCGCGAGGCAAAGCUGCCGGUGAUUUCGCACUUUUGCACCUUACCACUUGAGACCCGAGAAAACGUGACGCCGUUCGAACAAGGAUUGCUCGCCCUCGCUUACAGCCUGAUUCGCCAGCUGGUCGAUUGCUUGCCGCCAGUGGUAGACAGCAAUGUCGCUUGUCAUCUCAACUGCGAGCGAUUUCGAUUCCUGAACGACACCCUUGGAUGUUGGAAGGAGGUGUUAUCCCUGAUCGACUGUCUGUUGUCUCUUGCCCCUCCGCUUUUGGUUUGCGUGAUUGAUGGUCUGGACGUACUUCAAGAUGAUUCGACUGAUGUCUACAUUCGGUCUCUGGUACGAGUUCUUUUGACACACACGCGACACGAAACGAUGGAGAUGCCUGAUGGGAAGCACGGUCAACGAGUCUUACUCAAGGUGCUGUUUACUGUGGCCGGACGACCGAGCUCACUGGUGGAAACUCUGUCGGAAAACCUGCACAUUCUCACCGAAUCGAAUCGAGUUGAUCCGACGCUUUUAGCAGAUGACCCGGCUUUGAUUUCCGAUCCUUCUGUUGUUAUGAAUGCAUGAUUCUUUUCCUGGUUAGUAUUAUUACGGUUUGGGUGCGGUUUGUCGUUCUUUAUGAUGGAUUACAUGGACUUGUAUAGUGUAAUGAUUAGUAUAGUUAAUAGACUUGGUCGUUUGGAGUAUCGACAG